AAGACUUGAAAAACAGAGGAAGUUAUAGUUUUUUCUUGGUUUUGAAGGUAUGUAAGUCAAAAACGCUUUACUUGAGAGUAAAGAAACGUUUUAAAUAAUUAUGAGAUCGUGCUCUUGGAAGAAAAAAAACGUGACUGCGAUUGGUUGUCACGAUUACAACAACGUGAGGAGCAAAAAGAAGCAAGAAGGAAUCGAAAGGUUGAGAAAGAAUAUCUCUGGUAUCAAUAAAUGAUGUUGACCAAGUCCUCAUGCUAUUAUUAACCUCUGUUUUCUCGUGUAUAUAUAUGCAUAAACGUAAGCUUUGUUUUUUCAGAAGUUACAUUUGUUUUAUUGUCCCUUGUAAAAAGAAAGAAGAUCCAAAGAUGAGUGAAGAAACAUAUGAAGAAACGAUGGAGUCAAAUGAGUCUCCUCGUCCUGCUCCAAAACUCAACGAGAGGAUUCUCUCAACUCUCUCCAAGAGAUCUGUAGCCGCACAUCCAUGGCACGACCUUGAGAUCGGUCCUGAAGCUCCAUUGGUCUUCAAUGUGGUGGUUGAGAUCACAAAGGGAAGCAAAGUGAAAUAUGAACUUGACAAAAAGACCGGUCUUAUCAAGGUUGACCGGAUCUUGUACUCAUCGGUUGUGUAUCCUCACAACUAUGGAUUCAUCCCAAGGACAUUGUGUGAAGACAACGAUCCUCUUGAUGUUCUUGUCCUCAUGCAGGAACCAGUGCUUCCAGGAUGUUUUCUCCGUGCUAGAGCCAUUGGAUUAAUGCCCAUGAUUGAUCAGGGAGAGAUGGACGACAAGAUCAUUGCCGUGUGUGCUGAUGAUCCAGAGUACAAACAUUUCACUGACAUCAAACAACUCGCUCCUCACCGUCUCUCAGAGAUCCGUCGUUUCUUCGAAGACUACAAGAAGAACGAGCACAAGGAGGUGGCUGUAAACGAUUUCUUGCCAUCAGAGAAGGCACAUGAAGCAAUCCAGUACUCCAUGGACCUAUACGCUGAGUAUAUUCUCCAUAGCUUGAGGAGAUGAACGUACAACAACACACUUAUAUUCCCAUACGGCGAAAGAGAUGAUUCUUCGCAGCACAAUAUUGUUUUAAUAAUUGUUAUUUUUCUUGUAAUGUUGCAAUUUUGUUGAAUUUUGUAAUUUGAAACUCAUACAGAGACAAAUGUAUUUUAUUUUUCAUUUUUUUCCUUGUUGCUUACUGAAACUCAUGUUAACUUGUAUACUAAUGGGCUUUAUAAGCUCAUAUGGCCCAAAUAAACUGUCUCUUUUAAAUUUUAA